AUGGCCGAGGAAACUUCUACUAAAAGAACUCGGGCGUCAGGAGAGGUUCUUGACUAUCUUCUACGAGAGUUCGACUCUAACCCAAACCCUUCUCCAGAUCAACGCAAGGAGAUAAGUGAACGGACCAAUAUGUCCGAAAAAGCAGUCCGAAUCUGGUUUCAAAACAGACGGGCAAAAGUCAGAAAGUUUGAACGUAUGGGAAAGCCCGUCAAACAUGGGGGAAGUAACGUUUCGUCACGUUCAAACCUGUUGACCCAAGUUUCAGCAGCAGGAUUACGUGCGCAAGGGAUGAUUCCAAUUGAGUUGAAUGAAAACUAUUGCUUUAUUGACUGUUCGUCUCUUUCUGUUGGUUCUUGGCAACGAAUAAAAAGUGGCCAGCAUAAUGGUGCGACGUUGCUGCGGUCAUUAGUUAACUUGUCACCUUUCACGCUCAACAGUGUCAUGGAGAAUGUGGAUCUUAUGGUUAUUUUAUCGCGCAAGAACCAUGAAAUUAACUAUUUCUUCUCGGCGAUUUCCAAUAACUCAAAAAUCCUCUUUCGAAUUUUUUAUCCUAUCAGUUCUGUUCUCCACAGCUCGAUUUUAGACAGCUCGCUCAGCAAAGAAAACAAUGAAAUGCGCCUCAAUCUUGCCCGGAAACCUAAGUUUUCCGUCUAUUUCUUCAAUGGUGUGAAUGCAAACCUCAACCAAUGGUCUAUCUGUGAUGAUUUCAGUGAAGGUCAACAAGUAAGCUCCGCUUUUUAUGCUCCAGGUGGAACUUCGACGCCUCACGUAUUGGUUGGUGCGAAAAACUCUCUCCAGUUCCUUAAUAAUUACAUUUUGAGCAAUCAGCUUCUGCAAAAAGAAUAUGCGGGUGUCUCAGAAACAAUCACGCCUCUAGCGGCAACAGGCAGCCCUCGUGCAGAUGGUUUACCAAAUAAUAUGAUUCACAGCCAGAAUCACAACGAUGAUUAUCAGAUUAAACAAGACGUGUCUUCCUGGGAGGACACGCCGCAUAGCGAGAAGCCGUAUGCCCUGAAAGGACUCACUCUAAUCGCCAAUUUUGAAGAUACUUCACCUAUGUCAUCAGGAAGUCACGAAUCUCCGGGCGUCAUAAAGUCCAGAUACAAUGAAGAGAAGCAAAUGCACAUUUCUUCUCUAGGCGUCAAUCAACCAGAAAGAAAAGAAUACGAGGAGAUGUUCUCGGCAACCACUCCUGAUUUCUUCAACACUGUGCAAACACCGAACUCUAACUUUUUACCACAUGUAUCCAAAAACGAAGGGUCACAUUUCAUCAAUAGCCCAUCAAUGGGCAUAGAAUCAUAUGAGAAUGACUCGCAACUCGAAAAAAAUCUGCAUUCAAGACAGGAAAAUGUUGAUAUACAUCGUCCGGAAAAUGAAUACAAUCAAGGUAGUCAUGAUAUGGCCAAUACUUACGAGGCAGAUUCUGGUUAUCAUCCUCAGCAAGUGGAACAUCACUAUGACUUCGAAUCCAACGAUUUUCACCCCAACGAACUUAUCAUAAACAGCCCGGCCCUCUCCAAUGGUACGCCGAAUACAGCAAGCUCCAAUGCGCAUGUUGACAAUUUUAUUGAUUUUAACGCUCAUUGA